AUGAUUAGAACAAUUGGAAAAAAAGGAAAACGCUUUCGAUUAAAGUUACAAUCAACUCCAACAGUAUUGUCUGAACAUAAGCAUACAAAAAACAAACUAUAUAAUGCUAAUCAGCAAAUUAAACAGCUAAAAGUACAAUGUGAUCAUUAUCUUGAUGAUAUGGAGAAAAAAAAUGAUAAUAAUGAUGAUGAAUUAUUAGCUUUAACAAUUCAAGACUCCAUAAAAAAUGAAUUGCUUAGCUCAACACUAUUGAUAAACACUGAGCAAUAUCUUUCUUUAGUAUUACAACAGCCUUGUGAUUUUUGUGAAGAAAAAUAA